AUGGAGCGCCUGGGCGUAUCGUACAAGGCGUGCUGGCCGUCCCGCCUCACGGAUGCGGAGGCACCCAGAGAGGACGGCCAGGAAUUGAAGGUGGUGAUAGCUGGAGCGUCACGGGCAGCCUUCUGCCGAGCGCCCCUGGACACGGUGCAUAUUUGCGCGGGCACGUGCUUCAAGGCAGCCGUCUUCAUGCCCGGAGACAUGCAUCCCGUGCCGCUCUCCAUUCGGUACUGGCCUGGUCAGCUGGACUGUCCAUCGCAAUGCAUCCCCGACCGGCCCAGCCCGCUGGCAGGAAGCCACCGGGUGCCGAGGGUGCCGGCUGAGCUGCACGCCGUGCAGCUCCUGAGCCCUCUAGCCGCCGCAGCCAUCGCCAGCGAGUCCCGCCGCGCGUGCGUCAAGUGGGAGAGUCGAGGCGUAUCGUUGCCGACGCAAGACAUGUGCGUCAGCCAGCUCUCCAGCGCGAGCCAGGCGCUCAUCUACGACGCCAUCAAGCGGCGGCUGGUUCCGUUUGCCAAGGCGCACUAUCCGCAUCUGGCGGGCAAGCUCGAGAAGAACCCGUACCCCAAGCCAGGCAACCUCUUCAUCGUGCGCUACCGCGUCACCGAGCAGCGAGGCCUUCGGUUGCACUCGGACGACACCGCGCUCACCUUCAACUGCUGCCUCUCCGCGCCGAGCACCUUUGCGGGUGGCGGCACCUUCUUCACCACGGGCACCUCCAACCGCGAGUCGCUGCAGCUCGACGGCCUCGUCGUCCGCCCCGCCAGCGGCGUCGCCCUCGUGCACGACGGCCACCUCAUCCACGCCGGCAGCGACAUUCUGCUCGGCGAGCGGCUCAUCCUGGUCGGCUUCUACACCGAGGACGGGCCUCGCGACGUCCGGCGGCCGGUCAAGCCAAAGCCUCCCGCCGAGGGGAGGGCGGCGUGCCCACCUCGUCCGCGCCUGAGCGACUGCGCCCAGCAGGGCUCGCUCGAACACUCCGUCAUCUACUUCUCGUCCGCCAGGAGGGCGGCGGCGGGCGAAGUUGCGGCGGCCGGUGUGCACCAUGGCGCAUCCUGA